CUUGAUGGCCUCCACAAUAUGCCUCAUCAUUGUAUGUUUUUAAAGCUUGUUUUAAUUUAAACAGUUAAAUAUAAGUUAACAUAUUACUAACCAAUGUCAAUCAUAAAAUUCCACAAAGCCUAUUAGAACAUGCAUAUAUUCCAGAAAAAGUGUUAAAAUACACAUGAAAGUAAACAAAUCAAUGCUACUUGAAUUAUGUUCACUUGUUUAAAAGAUUAACAGAACCAUCCAGAGUGGUUGGUGCUGAACAAUCUAGCCAGGUUGCUUUCUGACAAAUGUGGGAUUAGUUGGAUUGAGACAGAGGCCCCUUAGUUUUACUGCAUUGAGUCAAAUUGCCUGGAUUCACAGAGCAUAUUGAAUAAUUUAACUCUUAUUGUUUGGAUUUCCAUAGCGCACUAAAUCACAUUUUGACCAAGAGAACCAGUGCUGUUUGGGUAACUAUGUUUGUAAAGACUAUGGUGCUAUAUUGCAACUGGGCCAAUAUUAGUUAUUGAAUUGCAUCUCCAAAAUUCAGUUGAUAUCAAUGUGUACUACCUUGGAGUAAAUGUUUCCACUCCCUAAUAUUUUGGUACGACUUAAUUUUCGGUAAAGUAACUCUUUAUCUUCAAAGGAUCUGCUGAAUCCUGUUGUAGUUUCAUCUUUCCGGUUGCAACCAACUCAAUCCAACACCUGUCCGAUCCAACAUGAAGGGUUCUUGGUUGCAAACAUUUAGGGGAAGCGCUUUAUAAAAGCAAACUCACAUUGUUGUUAGCGAGUCCAAAACCCCCCCGUUAACUCCGCACAACUCCGGUGCGUAAAUUUCCAGCGUACUUUACGAUCGGCGUAUUCAGUGCAACUGUUCCUUAAUUAAGGAAGAGGGUUUAAUGCUUUUAGCCAGUAGUAAUGAGCACUAAUUGCAACCGACAUUCCUAGGGCCGAUAAAAGCGAGGGAGGCAGGAAGCGUCCCCUUAAACCAGGCUCUCUGUCCCGGCAUGGAGCGUUUCGUUUAUCCGCCUUACAGCGUUUAUCAAAGUUAUGGAAGCAGCUUUACUCCCAGCCACCACGUGGCCGCGAGGCUACCACCCAAGCAGAAGCAGCCGAGCUGGAAGCAAAGCAAGUGCAGCGGCAUCUCCAAUCCCUACCAAGGGGUGCUCACGGCCCCCUCCGCGACUCCUCAGGUGUCUUCGCCCGAGUAUUUGGACACUUACAAGCGAGCGCAGCUAAAGGCGCUGCUAUCGCACGUCAGCCCGGGCCUCAACCCGCGGCUCCGUAAAGGCAACACCAAAGAAGUGGGCGUCCAAGUGAACCCGAGGGCAGACGCUGCGGUGCAAUGCUCGCUUGGAUCCCGGCCGCUGCAGGCCGUCCGCCCUCAAAGCCCCACGGGCCGGCUCAGCCAGGAGCCGCCGCUCCCAGGCUUCUAUUCGCCCGUGCUCGGUCGCCGCCUCUUCACUUUGCCCGAAGCGGCGGAGAACCCGAAGGCGCACCCCGAAGGGCCGGCUUCGUUUCAGUUCAUCCAGGAAUCCGAGGGAACGUUCGUAGAGAAGGCGGAGGGCGGUGCCGAAGAGAAGGCGGGAGCUGAGGACGAGGUGCCGGGGCAUGCUGUCGGAUACUCUGCCCAGCAGCAGGUCGCAAAAGGAGGCGAGGCUGAGGAAGGCGGGAGUCACCUCGACGAAGCGAGAAAAGGGACCACCUUCCAGUUCUUAGAACAGAAAUAUGGCUAUUUCCAUUGCAAUGACUGUAAGACCAGAUGGGAAAGUGCCUAUGUAUGGUGCAUUUCUGGAACCAAUAAGGUAUACUUUAAGCAGCUUUGUCGCAAGUGCCAAAAGAGCUUUAAUCCCUAUAAAGUAGAAGCAAUUCAGUGCCAUAUCUGUUCAAAGACUCGCUGCUCCUGUCCCCAGAAAAAAAGGCACAUUGACCUCAAGAGACCACACCGGCAAGAGCUAUGUGGACGCUGUAAAGGCAAAAGAUUAUCUUGCGACAACACCUACAGCUUCAAAUACAUUGUUUGAUCUGUGCAGUUUGUGUGCUGAGGUUGCAUUUAGCUAUGCAUUUUGUUUCAUAAUAUGGAUUUGACUUUAGGAUUCUGACUUGGCAAUGGAUAAUGGACUAAAGAUGUUUGUAAUACUAAAAUAUAUUUGUAAUUUAUCACUGUACUGCCUAAUUAAUAAAACUUAAAUUCUAAUUAAACUUAUUUUCUUUGAUCAUUAAAAAGAGAUGGGAAAGCUGACACGCUUUCUAGAAAAGGUGGAAAAGAUUAAAUCUUGCAAACAAUACUAUAUUCCUGCAAUCUUUUUGUAGAAACAGUGAUACUGAAUAUUCUGAAUAUAAAUGAACAUAUUGAAGUUUGAUAAAGAUUGAGCAGUUUACUUUCAUGUCUACUAUGGCAUUCUAUAAAGACACAUGAAAUUAAGUUAAAUCACUGAAGGAAAAUAGAAUAUGGAAUAGAAUUAUAUCAGGGGUAACAAUCAUUAAAUGGAAUAUAAAGCACAGUAGUCUUCCUGAAUCAUCAGAUGGCCUGUCUAUCUUGUUGAAAUUAAACGGAAAAAUCCCUAAGCAUAUUAAUGUUUAAACUUACUUAGGUAUUUUGUAUUAAUAAUGUAGGACAAAGUCAGAUUGCUAAAAUACUACUUUGAAUUUUUGGCGCAUGUUAAAUUACGUUAGCACUUUUGUUCUAGGAGGGACAUUACUCUCAAAACUAAUUGGCAAGAAUGACUGAUUUGGCCUAUAUUAGAAGAGGUGCAUACUGAAUUUCAUAGCACUGUAGAUAUGCAAUUUCAAGCCAAUGUCAAAACAGGAAGAAUUUGAUAAGAUUUGGCCAUUCUUCAUAGGCAAUUGAGAUUUUCAUAUCUAUUUCGUAUACUAAUAAAAAAAAGUAACCUGAAUAGUUGCAUGCAUAAUGAGUUUACCCCCAUUUCUGUUGCAUUUUAGCAAGGAGAUGUGGAAACAUGAUUAAAUGAAGCUUCCAUCUUAUUUUCAGUGGUUUCGGAUGAUAAAAAUAGAAAAACACAUGUUCUGAAGUUGCAAAUGGAGUUCAAUUAAGCAUGAUUAUGAUAGCUAUGCACACAACGUGUUGACAUUUCAUUUCAAAAAAUGGUUUAAGCCUGUGCUAUACAAGAGUUGGUAAGUAGCAUAAUGAAGAAGAAACAUGAACUUCAUCCAUUCAAUUAUAUUAGGUUUACUAACACUCAGAAACAUCUGUUAAUCUCUUACAAAGCAUUCCUCUAAAGAGAAUAGUAACUAAAUGAGUAGGGCAGCACUCAAGUCACACCGUGAAAGAGGCACUUCAUGUUAGCUUUCAUGAGGGUUAGCUGACACGGACUUGCCACACAAGAUUAUAAGCAAUAAUUUUAUAUUCCAUUAAUACUCCCCAAAUUCAUAUGAUUAUGGUAGUAGGCCUUAAUCACUAAGCAUAAAGCUCGUCUCUUCCAACUCAAUAUGGAAAAGGAAACCAAGAUAUAUACCUAGCAAAUGUUGAUUUUAUAGUCUGAAUGUGAGAUACAUUAUUUUAAUCCCUGUUUGAAUCAUUUUUAGGAAACAAAAUUUUAAAUUGGCUUCUAUAAUAAAGGUAGCACAAUCCAACAGGAAGAGGUUCACACCUUUAGAGCCCAUCUGCUCAAUUCUGGUGUUACAGAAUAAGUACACUUAAAUUUUGCAUAACAUAAUAUAUUUCGUACAGCUUGAUUUUUCCAUUACAAUUCAAACUAACGCCUUGCUUCUCAUAUAUAUGCUCAAAUUACUAUUUUGAGGAAGGGAGAACAGAGAAGCCUAUCAAUUUUCACAUAUUCCCAGAAGCCUUUUCAGCCUGGUUCCUUUCCCACUUGUUUGGACUGUAAGUCCCAGAAUUCCAGUAUAUUCUCUAGUUAGAAAUUCUGGUAUUAGUGGUCCCAACAUCUCUGGAAGACGCCAGAUUGACAAAGUUUACCUAGAGAGAACUGGUUCAGCAAGAAUACAUUAAAUUUAAGGGACUUUGUUCAAUUUAUAUCAAUUUGUGCAGGUUAAUGUUUGGAUGCAUAGUGAGCACAUAAAAGUUGGACUAAUUUACAUGUUGAUUCAAGCCCAACUGAAAAAUAACCUGAUUUCAAAAUAUUCUUAUAGAAUUGUUUCCAUAUAUAUUAUAACAUAAACUCAUUACAAUUUAAUACAUUUACACGCUAAUGUGUAUGUAUAUACAUAUAUGUAUGUUUGCAUGUAUGUACACAUACACAUAUAUAGUCUUUUAUACUUGAGAUCUGUAAUGAUCAAAAUAUUAAAACAAAAUUCACAAAAACCUUUAAAUGUAUUUACAGGGUGAAUAAGCGACACACAUAAUGUUGGAAUAAAAGUGUCUCAAAUGUGCAAUAACUUACAUGCACUUAUUUUAACUCUUUACAGCAGUAAG